GGCGGGACUCCCGGGGGCCGCGGGGCGGGAGGCAUCAGAAGGGAGGAAGAGAGGGAGGGGAAAGAGGAAGGCAGUGCCGCCUUUUUUUUUCUUGCAUCAAUUUUUUUUUUACAUUUGCAAAUUUAUAUUUUGCAAAUAUUCGGGGGAGACACAGAUUUUUCUUCUCGUGCUCCCCCGUCCUUUCCUGAGGAGUGCGCUGCGCCGCCCAGCCCUGUCGCCCCCCGGAGGUGAUCCCUUCCUCCUGCCCGCCCGCCAGCCUGACCUGUGCCUGGCUUGCGGGCCGCAGACUCGGCCCCGGCGCGCCCCCGGCCGCUCUCGGCGCGAUGAGCAUAGAGACGCUACUGGAGGCGGCCCGCUUCCUGGAAUGGCAAGCACAGCAACAACAGAGAGCACGUGAGGAGCAGGAACGCCUUCGCUUGGAGCGGGAGCAGGAGCAGAAGAAGGCCAGUAGCCUGGCCAGGCUGGCCCAUGCCCUGCCUGUGGAGGAACCCCACAUCAAGGCGCCACCCUUGCCUCUGUCACCACCGGCACCACCGCCAGCACCCCCCCCACCGCUUGCUACCCCUGCUCCAUUGACUGUCAUUCCUAUUCCUGUAGUGACCAGCCCUCCCCAACCACUCCCCCCACCACCACCAAUGCCCCCUGCUGCCCAGCCUCUGCCUCUGGCACCUCGCCAGCCAGCCCUGGUCAGCACCCCUGGACUCAGCAUUAAGGAGCCACCCCCCCUGCCCACCAGGCCACAGGUGCCCACCCCUGCUCCCUUACUGCCUGAAUCGAAGACCACCAUUGCACCCACGGGCAGCCCCAAGCCUCUGCAGCCCCUCCCUACACCCAUCCUGACCAUAGCACCACACCCUGGUGUCCAGCCUCAGCUGGCCCCUCAGCAGCCACCCCCACCCACCCUUGGGACCCUGAAGUUGGCACCAGCUGAAGAAGCCAAAUCCAGUGAACAGAAGAAGAGGCCUGGGGGGAUCGGAACCAGAGAAGUCCACAACAAAUUGGAGAAAAACAGGAGGGCCCAUCUGAAGGAAUGCUUUGAGACCCUGAAGCGCAACAUUCCCAACGUGGACGACAAGAAGACUUCGAAUCUGAGUGUGCUGCGGACCGCGCUGCGGUACAUCCAGUCUCUGAAGAGGAAGGAGAAGGAGUAUGAACAUGAAAUGGAGCGACUGGCACGAGAAAAAAUCGCCACGCAGCAACGGCUAGCAGAGCUCAAGCAUGAGCUGAGCCAGUGGAUGGACGUGCUGGAGAUUGACCGUGUGCUCCGGCAGACGGGACAGCCUGAGGACGACCAGGCUUCCACCUCCACAGCCUCUGAGGGUGAGGACAACAUAGACGAGGAUAUGGAGGAAGACCGGGCAGGCCUGGGCCCACCCAAACUGAACCAUCGGCCCCCACCGGAGCUGCUAAAAUCUACUCUGCCACCCCCCAGCACUGCCCCCGCACCUCUGCCUCCUCAUCCCCACCCAGUGGCCCUGUCUCCUGCUCACCUCCCUGUGCAACAGCAGUCGCCACAGCAGAAGACCCCUCUACCUGCCCCUCCUCCCCCACCAGCAACCCCUGCCCAGACGCUAGUGCCAGCUCCAGCUCAUCUGGUGGCCACAGCCGGGGGUGGCUCCACAGUGAUCACCCACACAGCCACCACCCACGCCUCAGUCAUUCAGACUGUGAACCAUGUUCUCCAGGGGCCGGGUGGCAAGCACAUUGCCCACAUCGCCCCCUCAGCCCCCAGCCCUGCUGUGCAGCUGGCACCUGCCACGCCCCCCAUUGGCCACAUCACAGUGCAUCCUGCCACCCUCAACCAUGUGGCCCACCUCGGCUCCCAACUGCCCCUGUACCCUCAGCCUGUGGCUGUGAGCCAGCCUGUGGCAGUGAGCCACAUUGCCCAUACCCUCUCGCACCAGCAAGUGAAUGGCACAGCUGGGCUGGGGACCCCAGCCACUGUUAUGGCAAAGCCAGCUGUGGGAGCCCAGGUGGUACACCACCCUCAGCUGGUGGGCCAAACAGUGCUCAACCCUGUGACCAUGGUCACCAUGCCCUCCUUCCCGGUCAGCACUCUCAAGCUGGCUUGAGGAUGAGGCCACUCAGGCCCCCAGUGGGGGCAGGGAAAGGGGACCUACUUGCCCCUCUCCCACCCACCAGCUCCACACAUUCCAGCCAGGCCCAGGCCCACCCCACCCAUGCCACCCCCAGGCUUCCUAGGAGAAAGGUACAGAGACUCUGAGCCAGGGGAGUUGGGUGCACGAGGACCUGGUAGAGACUGACGAGGGCACUCUGUUGGAUGCUCUGCCUGUCCAGCUGGUAUCGGCUCCAGUGCCGCCUUGCUCCCGCACCCUGCCCCUUGACAUCUGGACUGUGGCUUGUGUUCUCUGGCUUCUCUCUUCCCUGCCCACCUUCCUGCACUGCUGCUGCUGUUGCUCUGUCUGGGGAGGUGGCUGAGCACCCUGGCCUCCCUUCCCCAGCCUCAGUGUCCUCUGGAGGGGAAGUGGAGGCAGAACUGAAUCCAUGGCCCAGAAAGGCAGGGAGCAGAAGCUGAGAGGAGCCCUGCUCUGGAUGACGGAUCAGGCCCAGACAGGUAGAUAGAUGCCUGCACUUGGGGCCCUCUUUUACCCACUUGCAGUCACUGUGAUUGGUUAUUGUAGAAACUAUUUAAAGUGAGUCUUUACCACCAGUAAAACUCAAGUUGUUGCCAAGCUUUUUUCCACCCGAUACUGGGCUCCUGACCUCUCUGGAGAGCAGUCUGAGGUUGAGGCUAGAAGGGGUCCAGCUUAGCAAUCCUGCCUCCCACCCUGGUUCCGGUAGCCUGGGCCUUGCCUCGGAGGGAGGAGAGCUGUUCUUGGUUUGGUCCCAUCCUUGGACUUGACACUCACUGCCCUGGUUCCUUGCUCUACGCAGAGCAGUGCACUUUCCCAGAACUCUGGGUUUGGGUUCUGCCUGCGGCUUGGGAGACAUGGACCAGAAGCUGGUCUGCUUUAGGCAUGCAGACACCACACUUGCUGAGGCAUCAGGAAGCUGAAGUCCAGGGGCUUGGCCAAAGCCCUGAACCUUUCCCCAGUUAGGCCCUUAGGGCCAAUGGACAAGAGGUCUGGGCCAGAAUUGGGGCUUGCCACUAUAGAGGAGCGCUGCUUCUGCUCCCACCUCUGCCUGCCACCUCUCCCGAGACCUCCCAUCUCUGCAGUGGCACUUCUGAGGCCCCUUCCAAAUGGGUGCUACUGUGCACCACCAUCUUCCCUGCAGAAAGGGCUUCUAUUGGGCCAAGGACAGAGCUGAGCUUGGGUUGAGAGGAGUGAGGGUACUGUGUCCCUUGACUCUGGUAUGGCAGAUUGCUUUGGCUUCUCUUUCUAUGUGGAUAUUUAUUACAAAGUGGCCUUGUGUCAGACACUCAGUUACACGCACGUGUGCACAUUCAGCUCCCCACUGGACACACUCACCAAUGGCCUUUCAGUGUGGAGCAGAAAGCAAGUGUCCCUAUGUGUGAAGUUUGCACUGGGGGGCCAGGCAGGUGAGGGGACCAGAAGGGAGCGCUCAGGAUCCCUGGAAGGAUACUGUGGGCAGAGCACCAAGGCCAGCAAAGGUCUUGAAUUCCUUCCCCCUGGAAAUAAAGACUCCUCAGAUGCCUCAGAGCUCCCAGGUCUUCCUGGCCCUGGAAACCUUCCAGGGCACAGACUUGUCUCCUGAGGUGGUGAAAGUGCAGCGAGGACCAGGUCUCUGCCCAGCUCAGCAAUCCCACCCCACAAGCCGGCUGCCUUCCUGGGGCUCCAGCCACCUCUACCCAUCCCCUGGCUUGGGGCCAGCUUCGCCCUCCGCUCCAUUGUAACAAUGAAAGAGCAGAGCCUGGUGCUGGCAGUCCGAUCACUUUGGUGAACCUUCCCCCUCCCCCCAUCUCCUCCUUCCCAAUCUUGAGGCCAGUUCCAGAGUUCAAACCAUUGUGUUGGCCAUUGCCCUCAGGCCUGCACAAAUACCUCAUCAUCUCCCCACCCCUCCUGCCCCCAGCGGGGUCCUCCAGAUCUAGUGCCGAAUGACUAUGUCCAGACUGGUGAUGAUGGGUGUUGUUGCUAUUGUUUUUGUUGUCGUUUGUGAACGCUGUGACGUGUGCCCAAGUGGGCAGCCACCUCCUAGCCCGUCCUUGGGCAUCUCCCCUUUGAGAGCUGAUAGGACCACAUCUGUCCUCACCCCUGUGGGACCGCCUGGCCCUUCCCUCCCUAGCCCUUCCAGCCUGGGACACACACACACCUUACCUCUCAUGCGUGUUUUCUCUUUGCUAUUUGGAGUGGCUCACUGGCUGGGACCUUUACCUCGGGGAGAGGGGGAGAGUGGUCCUUGGGGGCCAAAGAAGGGCAGGGAGUGCCUAGAGGGUAGUUGGGUCGCAGUAGGCCCUGCUCUCUGGGAACAGCUGCUUCUCCCUUCCCAGGGUCCCAACCCCAACCCCCAAAGAGGUGGCCCUUGUUUACAGUGAGGACUCUGGUCACUGUGUCUCUGUUUCCUGAAAUAUGAACUGUAGCGACCCCAGACCAUAGAGAUUUUUAUGUGUUUGGAUAUAUCUGCUGUGUGGGAUAAAAAAAGACCUACAAAAAUCCUAAUUUUGUACAUAUUGUAUUUUUACUAUUGAACUGUAUUCUAGUGGUUGUUCAUGCUCCAAGACUUUAGGUAUUGAGACAUGAAUACUAUCCAUGUAAUAAGCACUUGCCUGGAAUAAAACAUAAAACUGAAAUAAACCUGCACUGAAACCGGA